UGGUUAGAUCAGCGUAAGAAGGUUGCCGCACAUCCUAAAGUGGCUUGUCAUGCCCCUGCAACAGGUUACGGAUAGUAUUUCAGAUUUUAUUUCUGCAAGUCCGCGUUCACCGCUGCCCGGCAUCCGGUGAUAACUCCCAUUAUUUCUACUUGUAGUCGAGCUUCGCCGGGGGUUGGAAGUUGCAGUGGGCUGGGUCUAUUGUUCAACUGACGCACGGCUCCAGUUUACUGGGAGUGCAACGCAUAAACCUUGGUCGAUUCCUUUCAGUUCCGGCUGCAGACUGUUGCUGCUCAUAUGGGCUACCUUAUUUAUCACUCAAUACAUGCAAUUUCUGUUCAGGGAAGUUGUGGUUACAGCCUUGAUGGCGUGUAUUUCACAUCUCGCGGCUUUGACUUGAGUUAUUGAAAGACUCGUUCGAUUUGUGAGAUGAUUCAAGGAACCCGAAUUUCGAGAAACAAAAUGUGGGCGAAACUGAUGCUCAUUGUGUGGCAGCAUUUGAUUUAUUCCUCAGUCAUUGACUCGGCUGCGCAGGAAACAGCACAAGCAGGUUUUUCAACAGACGUCAGUAUAAUUCUAUCAGAAAACUCAUCUACCACUUUUAGCUCCCCCACGCCUCCCACCCCGAGCUUGACAAAUGAAAUGGCACACAGUACAGUAGGUCGCAGUUCAGAAACAGGUGCAGGAACAAACUCUCCAUCCCCCUCCCUCAAUCAAACAGUUUUGUCAAGAGCAAGUCACCCGACAAGCCCUGUGCUCUCUACUGCGGCGUUCAACCUCACUUUUCAAAACAGCACAACUGCCACAGUCGCACCAAACACGACAGCUCACAAUGCAACUUCUAAUAGUUCAGUAAUCGUGAUAAGUAACUCCCCCAACGUGACAAAUGAUUAUUCAAAAGAAUUCAGUGCAUCAGAUAAUCCGCUGACAAAUAGUACAGCCCAGCCAACUUCACAUCACACUUUCACCAGCAAUAGUUCUUUGACAAGCAGAGCGUCAACUUACCUGACAAAUAGCAUCACUGCAACAAAAGUUUCUACUGCCACCUUCGCAAAACCUGAUGCUUCUACUACCCCGUUAUCGCCUUCAAGCAUAAUCACCUUACUAAGCAAGAGUCCCUCAAAUAAUAGCACGGAAAGAGAAAAUAGAUUUAACGCUCCAAACAAUGCAGAGACAGCAUUAAUAGUUGCACUGUGUUUGAUUCUUAUUGCUGUAGCAUUAUUGGGAGUGGUGAUGUAUUUGAAGAAAAGGAGAGUGUUCUAUAGCCGCUUACAGGAAGACCAUCCAAUUGGAUCUUGGAGCAACUAUAAUAACCCUGUGUUUGAAGAUUCAUGACAUCAAGCCAAAAAAGUACUUGAUAAGAAAUCACAUAAAUCUCUGACUAUAUUUACUUUUGUUUGAAACAAAAAAUAAUACAAACAGUGUGAAAUUAAUCUUGGAUGUUAGCAACGUUGACAGUUAUGAAUCAAUAAUCGGUUUGCAUUAAUUUAAUUUUGCAUCUCAGCCAAAGGUCAAUAUUACCCAUGAGUACAGUACUUGGUGUUAGUCAUUUUUUGUAGUUCUUGGAAUGAAUUUCAGUGUUUGUUGCAAUGUUUAAGUUAUUGGCACCAAGUAUAUUUGAUAAAGAUACUAAAUUACGGUGUCAGGUCCUGUUAUAUGGCAACUGCAACCUGUAUUAAUGCUUUAUGUAUUGAUCUUGCUUGCUUAUUUUUGCAAAUAUAGGAUAUAUUCUCUCCAAAUCUUGUUUAGCAGGCUAUUAGCAUAUUGAUAAAAAGCAUUUUUUUUUCUGCUAAUGUAGAUUAUUUUGAAGUGCCAAGCUGAGAUAUUUUUAACCUAGUCAGUAUAUGGCUACUGUACAUACAGAUUGCAAAUUUGGCUCAGUACAAACAAAUGCAUAAAGAAACAAUUCCUGUUCCUAG